CAGAAGUUCAACGCGAAGCGAAGUGAAGAGAAGCUGAAGCGAUAUUGCCGCAUGAGGCAGACUCUGCACGACUUCUUCGAGGACAUCGACGUUGCCAAGAUGGAGGCAGUCUUGGACAGUCAAAUAGUCGGGUUCUUGCCCUACAGGGACAAGAAGGGAAGGGCGGUACUCUUCUCGAGGGGAUACGCUUGGAAUAAAGAAGCGUACGACCUCGUGGACUCCACGAAGUGCGCAGUACUCCUGAUUCUGUACUCUCUGACCUUCCCCCUGACUACCAUGACAGGGAUAUGCGUCAUAACGGACGCCAAAGUGGAAGCGGUCCAAGACUAUUACCACAACUUCAGGGCCUUCGGCACUCACACCUCCACUAUUAUGUCACUUCCUUGCCGCUUCCAGAGGAUGGACCUGUUCAAUGAAAACUUCAUGUGUCACUAUUUCUACGCAGCUAUUCGGCCUCUUUUACCCACCAAGUUCUCAAAAAGGAUUCAUUUUUACCCAGCAUGAAGAUCAUUUUGACAGCAGACGAUACUUAAAUAAAAAUACGUAUAAUUAGCCGGAGUUUUUUUUUUUUUUUUUGGCAUGAAGGAAUAAGAUAUGAAUAUUUUAC